AUGAAAUGCACAUUGUUUCUGUAUACUGAAAGCGACAACACCAAAGGUAGGCGACUUAUGAGUUAUUUCCAAGGUAAGCUGGGAAGGAUUGCAGAAGUUAGAGGUAUCAAGAACAUUUUAGUGAGGAAACAAGAUUUCAGGUACGAGCUACGCAGUAGUCAGUGUGUUGUAUUGGUCGGGACACGCCAGGCCUCUUCCCUCAUCCAAAACAAGCAGCAAGAAAAAGACGAUGAUUACAUCACCUUCGACGGCAAAGUUAUGCACGAAGAGUUCACAGAAAACAAAGAACUUGUCGAGAACAGACUUGUUAUUGUUCACUUCGCUGAAAGAACCGAGGAUGACUGGAUCCCGACUGGUUUUGACGAAAAGCGAAUUUUUCAUGUGGAAGACGGCAAAGCUCCGCCCAAAGGAACCCCUACCUUGACUCACCUUGAAUAUCGCAUGAAGAAAAUAUUGCUCGGAGAUGACUUCUUGUACUGA